UGGCUUUGUCCUUGUGUUUAGUGUGCCUAGAGAAGAGUCGAGCUGUGUUCAAAUAGUCCGUUUGCCAGCAAGUGGAAAUUUUACUUGAAUUGCAAUUAAAAUACAUAGUUUGUCACGGGAUAUUUCCAAAACUUUACUUAUUCAGUUUCAUUUAAAAUUCCGAACAUGCCUCGCGCUAAGCCAUUUACAACGAGCGAUAUUCCCUCUCUGGUUGGAAAGGUGGCUUUGGUGACUGGUGCCACUGGAGGGCUUGGGUUCGACACUGCGUUGGCGCUUUGUGGGGCUGGGGCCACGGUGCUUGUCGGGGGACGAAAUGAAACCAAGGGGGCUGAUGCGGUAGCCAAAAUUAAGGCGGCACACCCUUCCGCGGAUGUUACUUUUGCCCUAAUUGAUCAUGGGAGUUUGGCUUCGGUUAAGCAGUUUGCGACAAAUUACAACGCCAGGGGACAGCCAUUGGAUAUUAUCGUCAACAAUGCCGGCGUAAUGACGCCACCCAACCGCCUCACGACAUCGGACAACUUUGAAAUCCAACUCGGCACCAACCACCUGGCUCAUUUCGCCCUCACCGGUCAACUGCUCCCAUCUCUGCGAAGAAGCUCGUCCCCACGAGUGGUAAAUGUCUCGAGUCUGAUGGCGAGAUGGGGCAAGAUCAAUUUCAACGAUAUGCAAUUCGCCAAAAGUUACUCAGCCACCGGAGGGUAUGGUCAAUCCAAACUGGCCAAUUUGCUGUUUUCACUGGAACUGCAGAACAGGAGUGAUCAGAACGGGUGGGGGUUGACCGUGGUGUCGGCGCAUCCUGGAUUUUCUGACACUGGUUUGGUCGACAACGGUCCGGGAACUACAUUCCUGGGAAGAUUCACCAACGCCGUGAUGAAGCCGCUGUUUUCGCAGACCUCGGCGCGAGGGGCUUUACCCCAAUUGUACGCGGCGACGUCUCCAGCCGUCGAGAAGAACGGGUAUUAUGGUCCGAAUGGAUUUUACGAGAUGAAGGGAGACGUCGCACCGGCCUGGGUACCUCCAUUUGCCAAAGAUAAAGACAUGGCGAAACGAUUUUGGGACGAGUCGGAAAAGUUGACAAAUUUUAAGUGGCCGAAUUGAAGGGUUUGGUUCAUUUUUUAUUUGAAAGUAUGGUCUUAUUGUAACCUUUGAUUUCUUUAUACACAUAUUUUUUGUUGUUACAUAACGUGUACAUAUAAAAUUUAUAGUCUAAAUGUUAAACUACUCAAUUAAUAAAUUAAAUCGUUUAAUUAA